GCUGAAGGGGAGGUGGCAGCUCUGAACAGACGUAUCCAGCUCGUGGAAGAGGAGUUGGAUCGUGCCCAGGAACGGCUGGCCACGGCCUUGCAGAAACUGGAGGAGGCUGAGAAAGCAGCGGAUGAGAGUGAGAGAGGAAUGAAGGUUAUCGAGAACAGAGCCAUGAAAGAUGAAGAGAAAAUGGAAAUUCAGGAAAUGCAACUGAAGGAGGCGAAGCAUAUUGCUGAAGAAGCCGACCGCAAAUACGAGGAGGUUGCCCGUAAACUGGUGAUUUUGGAGGGUGAACUGGAGAGAGCCGAAGAGCGUGCAGAGGUGUCCGAAGUUAAAUGCAGCGACCUUGAAGAGGAGCUAAAGAACGUCACUAACAACCUCAAGUCUUUGGAAGCUCAAUCUGAAAAGUACUCAGAAAAAGAAGAUAAAUACGAAGAAGAAAUCAAGAUCCUUUCUGACAAGCUUAAAGAAGCUGAAACUCGUGCUGAAUUUGCAGAGAGAACCGUCGCCAAACUGGAAAAGUCUAUCGAUGACCUGGAAGACGAGCUGUACGCUCAGAAGCUGAAGUACAAAGCCAUCAGCGAGGAGCUGGACCAUGCCCUCAAUGACAUGACCUCCUUGUGACCGGCACCUGGGGGGCACGGGGCUGCUCUGACUCGCUGCAUUCCUUGAGCUUUCCUUGCCUGUAAAACCUGUCACUUCCGUG